GUUUAUUUCGGGCAUUUGUUGGGCUUUUGUUUUUGUUUUGUCACGACACAUGCCAGUGGCUCAGACGGCGAAACGCUGCUGUCAGGAGUAUACAGGGGUUGAGAAUCGCAUCUGCUCUGCGUUCAGUAUUUCCAGCGUUCCCUCAAGUUGCAGCCUAUUCCAGCUGCCUCGGCGUUCUUCUGCCGCGCUGUUGGGAUUUGCGGAUUUAGGACAACGCCGUGGCACUUUCGGGACGCGAUAUUAGAAGUAAUGGUCUCUGCUGCACAGCUGUGCUGGUGAUCCUGCCUCUGCACACAGGGAAGGAGCACAGACACCCUGACCACUGAUCUCCCUAUCACGCUCUCAAAAAAAAAAAAAAAAAAACUAAAAGAAAGAAAAUCACCAGCAUAAACAAAUGCAACCAUGUACAGUGUGGAGGACCUCCUCAUUUCUCAUGGAUACAAGCUGCCCAAGCACACCACCUCCACCUCCACCCCUACCCCAGCUCCCGCAUCCUUGUCCCAUCAGGGUCGCUUAUCUUCACUACCGUCCUACAGCAAACACCAUGAAAUCCUGGAAAACAAGCCUAGCUCCAGGGCAGUGAAUGGUUAUGAAAGUGGGGCUGUGCUGCCUUAUGGAAACAGUAGUAGAACCAGGCAGCCCCAAGCUUACAGCAGUGGCUGCACCAACAACAACAAUGAACCCAGGGACAAGAGGCACCCAAGAAAGGAGGGGGAGAACCAGAACGAAACUGACACUCACACCGUGGGAGACUCACUGGCAUCAGACAGUGGGUACAGAGGUGAUGUGUACCACAAAAUACAAGUGGCUUCAGAUGGCUCCCACUGGUUCACCAGACAUCCAGCAGGUUCCUGGCCUGAUCCCCAGAAAGAGAGGUGUAUGUCCAGCCAGAAGCAGGUUUACCCUGUAUAUACUACCCAGGAGCGCCCUAGCAGAGGGGUUCAGUAUAUCCCCUUUGAUGACUCUCGAAUCCGCCAUGUUUCCUCAGCCCUCGGUGGCAACUCCCUGACGGAUGCUGACAAGAUCCGCCACAUCUGCAACGAGCUUCCCAGUGUCACCGUGUCAGAGCCCGCAUUUGACAAAAGUGCCUUUUUGCCCCCGCCACUGGGGCCUUUCAUCACAGCCAAAGUGGGCAAUGAUGCUAGUAUGAUGUCUUCUAGUGACUUCAACAAUGACAAUAACAGGUGGCACAGCGAUUUGCACAAAGAGAUUGUCGAUAACUUCCCAGUACCUGACCUAAACUGCAACAAUGGAUAUCCCAAAAACCAACGUCCUCCUCCAUCACUCUCUUCAACCUUCCAAACCCCAUUAAUAAGAACAUCUUCACACCAGGGUUCAAGUUCAGACAUUGCGGAAACCAUAACCCAAGUAAAGAAAAUUGUCAGAGAUUUAGGGCCGGAGAGCAACAGGAAUACUAAAGGAAGAGUGAGUGAGACCAUCUUCUGCCUUGUGUCUGUCCCAAUUCACAUGCCAGGUAACAUUAACAAAGACUUAGUGGCAGAUCAGAACAAUAAUGAGACAAUUACAAGCCUGACUGUCACUAACCCAGAGACUUUCACUGUAAGUCUCAAAGAGACCCCAAACAUUCGAAACAAGUAUGAGAAGGAGAUGCCCAUCAAACCCCACUACACUCACUUUCACACCAGCAGCAGAUCCUCAAUGAGAAAUUACAAGAGGGCUCCUUUAAGGAAGGAGAUUAUAGAUGCCUGGGCACUCCAAGCUAGUGAAGACAAAGAGUUGUACUAUGCUGGAUCUUGGCCAGGAAACCAGUACCGUAAUCAGGAAACCCAGACUGGCUCACCUUUGACGGUGAUAAAAAGUCCAGGAACCCAGAGUCCUCCUCAGGGACAAGCACCUGUUCAGUCUGCCUCAGACAAUACCACAGACAGUGGUGUAGUGACAGAAAGUAGCAUCUCUUAUGGCUACCCCAUGGCAGGCCAGAAAAACCUUCAUCCCUCCAGCAACAGCGCCUUCUCUCGUCUCAGCCUAAGUCAAACACAGCUGCCACCACUUCAACCUUCACAACAGGACCCAUGCUCCCCAUCCAAGGCCUGGGAUAAAGGAGACCAACAGCCAUCCUCUUCCAGGAGGAGCAGUUCUAGUCCCCCAGAGAGUGCCGAGCAAGUGACCUUUGGUCAGUUUCUCUUAAAGCCAGUGAACCGACGACCCUGUGAUGCCAUUGGUGAACUGGAGAGCAUUAAUAAGGAGAUGGAAGACACAAUCAGCAAGAGACCCAGUGUGGGACAGUGCACUGAUUAUCUUGUUGGAGUGAAGAAGAGACUAGACCACUUUAAAUCAGGAGCACAUUUCUCUAUUUAUCCAGAACCAGGUAGGGAAGCAAUCAGUCUUCCACCAGUGCACACAGAAAAAGUCACCAAUAUAAAAGUCAGAUCAAGGUCCGUGGCUUCUACUGUUGAUCUAGAUUCCAUGAACAUGAGGAGUGUUUUCUCCAGGUCACAGGCCACCAACAUGCCACCAACAAAUGAGCUAUCUAUACUCUUCAACCCAGGCCCCACAGACAACUGCCUCUUAUCAUUACCCCCACACAAUACGUCAAACCGGCUCUAUAGACAGGAUAUCCCAGUUCUUCAUGAGUCUUUGCUAACGGAUGUGGGACUGACUGUGUACACAGAGAUUCCUGGGGGUUCUGGAGAGCCAAAGCAAUGCUCACUCUCAGCCCCUUCUCCAGUUAAUCGUAAGGAUCUUAGUCAGUCAGUGCAGCUCUCGUUGAAGACCAGAACGGCUAAUAACAGUGGUAUCCCUGAGCACAGUUCAAAUAAAGAUCUUCAAUUGGAGGUUGAUACAGAGAGUACACAUAAAUUAGACAAAGUCCCAGCAUCCAGGGGUGAUGUAAAUUUAAAUAUCCGUAGAACCAGGAGUGAAAGCAGAAGAUCACCACAAAAAGAAGGUUCACCAUAUAUCACAAGGCAGACAAGGAAGGUUUCCUUUGUUUCUUCUGAAGAUGAUGAUGACAAUGAGAAAUGCACCAUCUCUGAGCCACUGACCUAUAAGGAUGAGUCAACAAUGGCAGAUAAGCAUUUGGAGGAUUUACUGAUCCAGGAGAAAGUCAAUACUUUACCUGCAGAGGAUCUCAGCAACCUGUAUGAGGUCAAAUGUGCAAAGGGUAUUCCCGAGAAUGAGUCUAUUGAGCAGAGAGCAGCACGGAUCCUGGGUAUAGACGUUGCAGUCGAGGCCUUGGGUGUGGCUGACAAACACUCUGAGGAUAUCCAGGACAAAAUGGACACCCCUGAAUCUGAGAAAGAACUAAGUCCAACUGAAAAGACACAGCAGGUGAUAGGACAAGGUGAGCAAGUCCAAGUGGAGUCUCUGAUUGUCCAAGAGGCAGAAACUAAGGAGGCAGAGGAGACAGGUUCCAGUUUGGAGCAAGAAGAAGGUAACAGAUAUAAGCACAGCACUAACCAUGAUGGUGAAGAUAACCAGGAUCCCAACACUCAGUCAGCAGUAGUACUGGACCUGCCUGAGUUCCCACCCAGUAAGCUUCCUCUAUCCCUGCCUGUCACUACUGAUAAGAUGCUAGCACUGAGCAUGUGCAGUGGGGAGAAGAAGAGAAGAGGGGUGGCAUGCAAGCUGACUGACUCCAUGCAAGAUAAGCUAAGCUCUUCUGCAUCUUUAUCUGCUACAUCAUUGGAUAGGUCAACCACAGACAGAAUGGCAUGUCUGAAAGGGCUGGAAACAAUGUCUCAAAAAAGAUCCCUCUGUUUCGAGGGCUCAGAAUCUGGAGAUGUUCAUUUUGAGGAGAGAAAUAGAGAUGGAGAUGAGAGUGAGAUUCAACAAGAGAAGAUUGAUUAUGUUGAAGAGAAACAGGAAGAAGAGGCGAAAAAGCUGGUGGAAAGAAGGAAGGAGGUGGAAAUCUCAGAUAAACACAAGAAUUCACAUGAAACAUAUGACAUUUUGGGAGAUCCUGAAGAAUACUCCCAACCUAAAGAACUGAAACAAGGGAUAUGUAAGGAGAAGCAAAGUCAAGAAGAAGAAACAAAAGAGACUAAGGUUGAGCUUACACACAUUGAAGAGAGUAAAGAUGUAGAUGUUGAAUUAAAAACUGAAAAGCCAGAAGGAGACGUGGAACUGGAAACUGGGAAAGAUGACAAAGAAAAGCAUUUGGUGAAGGUGAGUGAUGGACAGAAUGCAGAAGUAGUCAGCAGAACUGAAUCGAGUCAAAAUGCAGAGGAAGAAAAACCCAAACCAAAGCAGCGCACCAGGCUUCAGAAGCCUCCUCUGCUUCCUAAACCUCGCAGUGUUCCUAAGAGAGAGAUAACACUACCACUCAGCUUCAGCACAGAGACCUGCAGCCCCUCAAACAUGGAGGAUGAGGAGGUGUUCUCUGUCUCAGACACCUAUGACCCCAGUCGAGUUGAGAGAGUGUAACCUCUGACACUGACUUCACCAGUGUGGAGACUUGUCACUGUUAAAUUAACAGCUUUUUCCAAUAACAACGGCUUUCAUCUCACCUCCUGGUUUAGCCAGCUGUGAUCCCUGCAAUGUUGUUACGCAUUACUUCUCACAAAAUUACUGACUGUUCUGGUGCUUUUAGAACAUUUUUGCGGCCAAAAUAAAGUCCCUGCAAGUGCCAGUUCUUCAGGCCUUUUCAACCUUGUUAUCCUGGACCUUGCAGUCUCUUCACCUCUCAAAAUGUUUAUUUGCCCAGGAAAAUGAGCUUCCUUCCAUUGAUGUUGCUUUUGGAAAAAUACAUUUCAUUAUUCCCAUUCUGCAUUCUCCUGUGUGAGCUUGGGUGUUGCAAUAUGAAUAUAAAACUGCUUC